CGAGAUAAUUUUGACUAUCUACCAAAUGACCCCUAAUGUUGGAAACAAGUUAUACAAGAAUAACUUAUCAUGGAAUUAGUUAUUCUGAGAUAAUAUAUUUCAUCCUUUCAAAACACUGAAAGCAGAGUACAGUGGAAGCAACGUGAAUUUCCCGCUCAAAAUUUGGCACCAAAUUCCACGAUUCUCUCGAAGUUUCUAGAACCAUCCAUUGUAUUUCGAGAAAGCAAAAUCGCCGAAUUGCUAUCUGCUGGGCGACAAUGGGAGAUGCGAAGAAGAAAUGGAGCGUUACGUACACGAAACAUCUCAAACAGAAACGAAAAGUUUAUCAAGAUGGCUUCUUAGAACUUCAAUCCUCAAGCCACAAGGUAAUGCUCUAUGAUGAUUGUGAGAAGCUGUUAGGCAUUAAGAUUUUGAAGAACGAUAUUGAUGUCAAAGAAGGCGAAACAUUGGAAUUUGAUUCUUACCUUGUUGAUAUUGGUGAUCCUCACGGCGAUCACAAACCUAUACCCAUAUUAAAUACUAAACAAAUUAAGAAAGAGUCUCAGGAAUCUGGGCUACUGCAUUCUGGAAAAGGCUCAACUGCCGCUGAUAAUAGGAAAUCUAAUCUGGGAAAAAGGAAAGCAUUCCCAAGUCCUCUAAGCCCAUCGCAAAAGAUUAUUAGAGAGUUCAAGAAGAGUGAAGUACACAAAUAUAGUUCUUCUCCAGGUUCGCUUGACAUGACAAAGUCAAGCAUAGAAGAAUGGCAGGUAUUGUACACGACACAAAUGACCCAAAAGGCAAAGAAGUUCCAUGAUGGGUAUUUACAACUUGUGAUGUCUAGCUCACAUUGCAGGCAGAUCAUGCUGUAUGAUGCAACCAGGAGACUCCUAGACAGCAGGUUUCUCAAAAAGAAUGAGAGCAUCAUGUCUGGUCAAUUGGUAACAUUUGAUGGUCACUUAGUGGAGAUAGGAGAAUGCGAGGAGGACCAAAAGCCUCCAAAGCAAAUCAUUCCUCAAGGAAAACAUACCACGGAACUUGGAAAAAGAGGACCAAUACACGAUGAAGUUGCUGUCCAUAAUAAGUUGCCAGCUGAAUGGGAUGUCAUGUAUACUACUCAAAUAACUCAGAAGGCAAAAAAGUACAGUAAUGGAAUCCUCAAACUUUCAUCAUGUGGUUCCUACCAAUCUCAGGUUACUCUACUUACAGAAGAUGGGAUCAUACUAUGCCGAAGGUUUCUCAAGUUAUCAGAACAUGUCAGAACUGGAACUACGUUGAAUCUGCCAAAUUAUUUGGUUGAAGUUGGUGACAUGAGGACAAGUCCAGAAGGAAAACCUCAAAAUGAUGCUUCUUCACAGGAGCAUGCACAAUCUGACAUUAAAAUAUCCGGACUCGAAAAUAUCAAAUUAAGUAGGAGAACAUCCUUCAACAAGCCAAUUCCUAAUAGGAAACCUCAAAAUGUAGCUAUUUCACUAGAACAUGUGGAUUCAAAAUCUGCAAGCGCUGACAAUAACACAAGUUGUAGGAUCUCUGGAACAAACUCUGUUCGUGCAGGUAUGCUGUCCAUAUCCCAUGAAAUUUUGUCCAUUCUUAAAAAACCCAUCACUUCGGAAGGUGUUGUCACUGUAAGGGGCAGCACAUAUGCAGACGAAUGCAUUGUACUGCAGUCAUCAGGUCUUGUUUCCAGUGCUAUUAAGAGAGAAACAGAGGAACAUUUCAUGCAAUACUUCAAUGCUAAAGGUAGUUCACCAGAGCAUAAGGUAGAAGAAACUAUCAUGACUCAUAGAAACGACAGGAAAAUCUCAAAGAUGAAAGUUACUGAUGCAUUCCAUUUGGAUGGCAUAUCCCAACCAUCGGAUUGUGCCGACCAAAGAGUAUCUCAAACUGAGUCAUUAAGCUUGUCUACUGGAUUAGCAGCGGCGGAUAUAUGGUCGUGUGAUGUAGAAUGCGCUCUCACAGAGAGAAGGUCCCCAACUGCGAAGCUGAAGCAUUUGGCUAUUCCUGAGUCAGACUCUAAGGUUAAAGCAGUUGAAAUAGUCUGCCACGACAGGUCUAAUAAAAUUUCAGAAAUCAAGAAAGCAUCUGAAUCUGUCUCCCACCACCAAGAUAAUCCUAGCGGCUCAAUGGCUGCAUUAACAGAUUUCUGCACCUUAACUCAUGUGUCUGACAAGCCUUCUGCGGAUAACAAGCAGACGGAUACCCAGUGGCAAGAGGGAUUUUCUGGUGUCAUCGUUGAUGCUUCAAGUGACUUUGCUCCACAGUUCCCUUGUCACUCAACCGAGAUGAAAUCUAAGCAUGACAACAGCGCAUGCACAAUGGAUGAUUUUCCUAGUUUUGAUCUUGGAUUUUAGACAAUCGUGUUGUUCUUUUCCAUGUAUCAGCAAAAUACCAUCAAUGAGGCUUUUCUCAAGAUAUUCUCAGACUCGCCUAUUGUGGAUAUGCUCAGACAAGAAUUGUUUAUAAAUAGUUGCUUCUUCAUAAUUACUGUUGAUUUGAAGGAAAAAGAGUUGAAGGUUACUGAAAAAAUGAAGCUAUAAAUUUGUGGAUA